GUUUUCUGUACAAAUGAGGAAGAACUCGCUAUAUUGUAGGCUUCCCGUAGACCAGAGCUAUUAAUGUUUGUUAUAUCUGAGCUAUACUUCUGGCAGCACUGGAGCUGUCAUACGCUAUUCCCCAUACACACCGUGGUAUGAACAACUACCUUCCAUACACACCGUGGUAUGAAUAGCUAGAUUCUAUAUACACUGCGAUCGCUUCCGCUACCGUUCUACGACACUUGAAGAAGAGAAGCCGAACUACAAGCACUACAGGACUACAAAUAUAUUUAGAUAGAGAUAAAACAGUUCGGUUGUACAAUUUACUUAAUUACGGUUCCGCCCCAUCUACAACAAUUUGGCGACGAGAAGUACGAAGCUACGUGAAUGUGCUAGGCGCAAUACAUAUACAAACAAGUUGCUGCAUCGUGAAUUUGGCUGUCUACUGCGUAAUUUUACAUCACAAUGGCGCUUCCUAACCCGGUUGUCGACGAUCCGGCAGUCGCCAGUCCCGCUUUGCCUGCUGUGAGUGGUUCUGCGGUACCAGUUACAUUUCAUUUCGAGCCAUUCAAUCCUGCUUCAUCGAAAUUUGACCGAUGGUUAAAUCGACUACAAAUUUCAUUCCGGAUUUACCACGUGCGUGAAGCCGAUAAACGCGAUUUUCUGCUACACUACAUGGGCGGCCCUACAUACGAUGUGCUGUGCAAUAAGCUGAAAAAUGCUGAGCCACAUACAAAAACGUACGACGAGAUUGUAGCUCUACUGAAGGAACAUUACAGUCCUACUCCUUUGGAAAUACUGGAGAAUUUCAAGUUCGCGAGCCGUAAACAGCUAGAGCAAGAAACUCUAAGCGAUUACCUGAUGCAUUUAGAGAAGCUCGCCCAAACAUGCAAUUUCGGGGACUACAUGGACAAGGCCCUCCGGAACCAGUUCGUUUUUGGCAUCCAGAACCGUGUGAUACAGUCUCGAUUGCUGGAAGUGCGCGACUUAACCUUGACAAAGGCAAAGGAGAUCGCAUUCGGAAUGGAAAUGUCUCAUCGUGGAACCGAUGAAAUGCACAACUCACGUCAAAAAAGUGAGGUUCAGCACAUCGAGCAUGGAGCAAACAAAACUAAAAAAAGUUUCCAGUCAUCGAGCCAAGCCAGUUCCAGUCAAAGUUCCGGUCGCCUGUCGAACAAGCAGAAUGGUGGAAAUAAACGAUGUUAUCGUUGCGGGGAUCCUGACCACUACGCAGACAAAUGCAAACAUAAAGCUACGAUCUGCAAAUACUGCAAGAAAGCGGGGCAUCUUGAGAGGAUGUGUCUCACCAAGACCAACGAGAAGGGGACGGAUGACGCACAUCACCUGGAGGAGCAGCCGUGUGUUAUGAAGGAUGUGUUACACCUGAACGCGAUCCAAGGUAUUGCUGGGUCAGCGGACUUGCCGGUGGACCAAAGGUUGCGUCGUUCUCUGCGGACCAUCAAGCCUCCGCAAAGGCUCAACCUAUAACAACGAAUUCUAUUUUGCGCGGAAGAGCUGUUAUAUCUGAGCUAUACUUCUGGCAGCACUGGAGCUGUCAUACGCUAUUCCCCAUACACACCGUGGUAUGAACAACUACCUUCCAUACACACCGUGGUAUGAAUAGCUAGAUUCUAUAUACACUGCGAUCGCUUCCGCUACCGUUCUACGACACUUGAAGAAGAGAAGCCGAACUACAAGCACUACAGGACUACAAAUAUAUUUAGAUAGAGAUAAAACAGUUCGGUUGUACAAUUUACUUAAUUACGGUUCCGCCCCAUCUACAA